CGAGCAAUUGCUCGUCCACUUGGUAGCUCUUCGUAUGUCACUCAAUUUAGCGGUGAAACUGCAAAACAGCAGCAGGUCGAACGUAACAUACCGGCUACCAGCUUACUAAUGCAACCUAAGAGUAACUUGCCAGGCCUUUCCACAUUAAGUACGAUAUCAUUUCUAAGCCAGGUCCCAUCACGUGGAUUUCAUUCUAGUUCGCAAAGAAACGAUAUUGAUUCAGCAGCUAAAUUUAUAGGCGCUGGUGCCGCCACAGUUGGUGUAGCCGGUAGUGGAGCUGGUAUUGGCACUGUCUUUGGUAGCUUAGUCAUCGGUUAUGCUAGAAAUCCAUCUUUGAAGCAACAACUCUUCUCAUAUGCUAUAUUGGGAUUCGCCUUAUCCGAAGCUAUGGGAUUAUUCUGUUUGAUGAUGGCCUUUUUAAUUUUGUUCGCUUUGUAAACAUCUGACUUAAAAAGGAAUCGAUGAAUAGUGAUUUAUAUUAAUUACUAUUAGACAUCAGGGAUUCUUAGCCAAUUAACUAUUAUUAUGAUAUUAAUAGAAAUCUGCUAUAUACUGUUUAAUGAUUUCUAUCUUUAAUAACUCUUAAUUAUAUAGAAUAAUGCUAGUAGUACAUAGUUAAUUGAUGUAAUAAGAUAUGCAGAUCUUCUUGACCUACAUUGCAAUAAAUCGUCG